UGGCUUGUUUAUUACGUUUCAUUGUGGCGCGUGUGUGAAUUAUACAUAUUCAUGUUAGUUAGCUUGCUGAAAUAAAGAAACAUUUAUUCUGAGAUUCACAGCUUAAAUGGAAGUCCCACCUGUUGAUAAAACUUCAAAAGAUAUCCGUGGAUUGGAUGUUCAGUCCAAAGUUGACAGAAGCAAUGGGAGAUGUGAAAUUCGAAGUGACGUGAAGACGGAUAUAGAGUACCUGUGUGAAGCAGUACCCGAGCUUUCAAAAUUUUUUCACAUUGUUGACAAAAUUGGUGAAGGAACGUUUAGCACUGUGUACCUGGCGGAAGCCCAGAUGACGAGUGGGGCCAAAGAGAAGUUUGCUCUGAAACACCUCAUCCCUACCAGCCACCCAGUGCGUAUAGCAGCUGAACUCCAAUGUUUAACAAUGGCAGGGGGGAAAGAAAAUGUCAUGGGUGUAACUUACUGCUUCCGAAAAGAUGACCAUGUGGUUUUUGUUAUGCCUUACUUGGAGCACCAAGCCUUUGUGGACGUUUUAGGCUCCAUGAGUUUUGAAGAAGUGCGACGGUAUAUGUUUCACUUGCUCAAGGCCCUCGCUCACGUCCACCGGUUUGGCAUCAUCCACCGUGACAUCAAGCCAAGUAACUUCCUGUACAACCGACGGCUGAAGAAGUACGCCCUGGUGGACUUCGGCCUGGCGCAGGGCGCCCCCGACACGCAGAUCGAGCUGCUCAAGGUGCUGAAGAAGAAGCCCCCCCAGCAGGAGGGCUGCAGCGCUGGCAAGCCUGCCGCGCCCGGGGGCAAUAAGGCACCGCACCGCACGGCCCCUCCCACAGACCCCACGGGGCCGCACUCCUCCACAAAGCCACCCGCUAAGAGAGCCCUGUCACUCGCACGGACCAAACCCCACAAGGAAUCGAUGGCAGUCAAUCCAGCGCAGAGGUCGGUGUUCGGAGAAAGAAACCUGAACAGCCUCAAUCCUAGUGAGGGUGCCGUUGUCAAGGUAACGCUGGUGAAACCCACCAGGGUGGAGGACGUGGCGGCGAGGAGGAUGGUCCUGCCGAGGCGCCGGCCCACGCCAGCGGGGGCACCAGCGAGCAGCAGCAGCAAGCCCAAAGCCAGCAGCCUGGGCCACGGCCUGACCUGCAGCUGCUACACGACAGACCGCGUCUGCAACGUCUGUCUCUCCAGGAAGCAGCAGGUUGCCCCCAGGGCCGGGACCCCCGGAUUCAGAGCGCCCGAGGUCCUCAUGAAAUGCCCCAGCCAGGGAACAGAGAUUGACAUGUGGUCUGCAGGAGUCAUUCUGCUGUCCCUUCUGAGCGGCAGAUACCCCUUUUUCAAAGCCAGCGACGAUUUAGUCGCCCUCGCGCAGAUCAUGACCAUCCGAGGAUCCAGAGAAACCAUACAGGCUGCUAAGAAGUUUGGGAAGGCGGUGCUGUGUAGCCGCGACCUUCCGGCCCAGGACCUGAGGACCCUGUGCGAGACGCUGAGGGGCACGAGGCCCUGCAAGGGAGGGGCGGUCCCAGACAAGCCCCCGGAGCCCCUCAACGUCGCCCCCGACAGUAAGGAGGACCCCGGGCUCUCCGGAAGCCCGCCCAAACAGCAGCGCCUGCAGGACGACGCGAGGCGGUCCCUUGCGAGCAGAACUGACCCUGCAGCCGCCGUCGAGGAGGACCCGGCGGACCGGAAAGGGUGGGACAGGGUGCCGGACGAAGCGUACGACCUCCUGGACAAGCUGCUGGAUCUGAAUCCCGCCACCAGGAUAACGGCCGCCAAGGCACUGCAGCACCCGCUCUUCAAAGACCUGUGAGCUCCAUAAGGGGGAAGGACAGACCGGCUGUGGUUCGCUUCAGGAUGGAGAAAGGCAUUUCACGUGAUGUUGUGUUAUUUUUAAUAAUUAUUAAUUUAUUUUUUUAACCUUAGCCCUGCUCUUGCUCCUCUCCAGUCCUGUAGUGUGUAGUGAGCGGUGCUUCACUAGCUACCUCACUAGCCAAGCUAAAAUAAUAACCUAGCCGGCUCCCUAUCGUUAGCAUCCUCCGUGAGGCUUGUGGCUGGACCGGAACCACAGACUUCCACUCUUUGUUCUACUGCCGUUUGGACUGUUUUAAAUUUUUUUGAUUCUUUUGAUUUAUGCAACUGAAUUUUAUCUGUGUAUGUCUCUGAAUUGUUUUAUUGGUCUUAUUAAAUUUCAUUUUUUUAAAGAA